AUGCCUUCCGCUGUGGAUCACCAGGACGACUUAUGGAUGGCUAUCAAACAGAUUUCCCAGUCAUCCAUGGGCUCAGAUUACAUUGACCAGCUCAUACCUAUCAUGAAAGAUGCAAGGUACUCCAAUCAGUUGCAAUCUGCAUUUGAUCAAUUCUCGAAUGAUCGCGAGGCUGAGAUCGAACGGAUAUGUAACGCCAACCAUCAGGACUUUGUGAGCUCUGUGGAUUCCAUGCUUCGUAUCCGAGACCAGACUGUCCAAAUGAGUGGUGACAUCCUGGAACUGAAUGAGUCGAUCCAGGAAAGUAUCGAGAAACUGGCGGAGCAAAAGAAGGCGCUGGUGGACUCGCGAGGGGUACGGCAAAAUAUUAACGAAGCAACGCAAGCUUUGAACGCUUGUUUGAACGUGUUGAGAAUAGCGAAUAAUGUCCAAGACAUGCUGCGCGAGAAGAACUACUAUGGCGCUCUGCGGGCGCUGGACGAGCUACAGACCGUGCACCUCAAAGCUAUCGACCGAUACAAGAUUGCGGACAUGAUUGAGAAAUCCGUGCCCCAGACGCAGGAUCAGAUAAGAGAAGCCGUCAAGACGGACCUCAGCACAUGGCUAUUCAGGAUUCGAGAGUCAUCGCAGUUUCUUGGCGAGGUGUCCUUCUACUACACUGAUGUCAGGCGAACACGCAAUCAAAAUCGAGCUGAGGCCGAUCCGCGCUUCUCCAAGUUCAAAUUGAACUCUGCAAUUGAGCUUGUAGCGGAUGAGACCGACGAGUUUGACGUAUUGAACAACGAAGAGGCUGGCAAUGAGACGGACUUUUCCCCGCUAUUUGAAGCGAUGCAUAUUAACGAAACGCUCGGCAAGAGCGAUCAGUUCAGAACAGAAUACGCAGCGGAUCGACGGACCCAGAAGGAUUUAAUCAUACCCACUAAGCUGAAUCUGCUCGACGAAGAGUGUGGCGAUUUGAGCAGUCUGCUGGAAAGUAUCGCUGGUUUUGCCAUCAUUGAGAAGGCCACCAUGUCUAAGACUGCCAACCUACGACAUCAAUCAGACGUCGAUGAACUGUGGGACUCGAUGUGCCAAAGCGCGAUCAAUCUCAUCACCAAGAACCUACACACCGUGGAAAACGAUGAGCUGUUGCUCAGGAUUAAGGGUCGUGUAGCACUCUUCAUGCUUACCAUGGAAAAAUGGGGAUACUCCGUGGCAGCAAUGAAUGACCUUUUACUAACACUAUUCUCCAAAUACUCAGAACUUUUGAAGCAACGCUUCAGCGAUGACUUCCUCGAGAUCGUUACAACGGACGACUACAUGCCCAUGCCUAUUAAUAGCGUUGAGGAGUACGACAAGGUCGUGACUGUCAGUUGGUAUUCGCCUGAUAAAACGCGCGAAGUAGCUCACAUGUAUCCGCUUUGCUGUAUCGACAUUCGCAACUUCCUCAACCAAAUAUACCUCUUUAGCGACGAUUACUUCCAAAAGUCUAGCAUCAUUGACGAAACCCUUCGCACUGCGCUGGACGACCUACUGUGCCAAAAGGUAUGCCAGGCACUCAUCGAGCGGCUCUCCUCACAGUAUCCCGGCCAGAUCGUGCAGAUUUUGACGAACCUGGAGCAUUUCGAGGUCGCGUGCGUCGAAUUACAAGAUCUGCUUUUCCAAGCACGAAGCUCACCAAGUGCAACUGGACCAAUUAUCCUGGAAGCCACAGAGCGCUUUAAGCUUGCCAAAAAGCAAGCAUCUGACCGCAUCUUCGAGCUCGUAAACAGCAAGAUUGACGACCUCAUUGAGACUGCUGAGUACGACUGGAUGGCUACAAAGCCUGCCGCCGAGCCGAGCGAGUACAUGCUUGAGCUUACGCGCUACCUCUCGAACAUCAUGUCCUCCGUUUUGCUCGCACUUCCGACGGACAUCAAGGAAUUCAUUUAUUUCGAUGCGCUUUCACACGCGAGCACCGCGAUUCUAGAUCUUACACUUGAUGAGGGAGUAAAGCGCAUCACACCAUCAGCAGUCGCUGACCUGGCUACCGACACGCGCUAUCUCUCCGACUUUGUCUCCUCGCUCAACAACCCCAUUUUGAUGGAGAACCUGGACGAAUUGACACAAACCGUCGCGCUCAUGGGCACCGAAAACAGCGAUGAGUUCUUCGACGUUGCGCAGCGCAACAGAAAGUAUGGCAAAGUGGAUAACAUGAAGGGUGCGAUUUUACUGGAGAAGGUACAAGAGGGCGCGCAGGUCGCGGCACAGAGUCCAACAAAACCAUCGACUACCAGCGAGCGCUUCGGCACAUUGGGCAGUAGGUUCAAUUUCCGAUAG